ACCACGGAAUGAAUCAUUGGCAAACGACAACAAUCACAAAAUUGUCUUUUCAUAGCAAUUAGGCCCUAGCAUGUUUUCAAAGUCGUUUUUCUUCUAUCUCUGAAGGAGCCAUACUCCUAGAACAGUGUUGAAGAAUGAGCCAAAGAUCAAAGGUUUUGUCCAUCUUCAAACAGUUGCAUCGAACGCGGCAGUUGGUGUUUGAAGGAGAUGAAAGAGCAUUAACAGCUGGUCGACAAAAGAUAAAUGAAGAUUUCAAGACGAACAAAGGCUUAACGGAAGCUGAGGAGAUCAAUAAGUGCGUCAACACAGCAGUUGAAGCCGAGACAAUCCUGCGUACAGAAAUCAUCCAGGGGAAACCAUCUCCUGAAGCUGAAGACACUUUUGUUCUAAACAUCCAUAAAGACAUCAGGAAAUUCGACAAUAUUCCAUACCAGGAGAUGCCGGAUCCGCCAAAACGUGCAAGACGCCGAAAACGAGAUGAGAAAACUGAGCCUUAAACGCAGUCAAAGGAACAUUUGUUGUGACUUGACAGCCUCUGAUCGAACUUAGAGAAUGGUUGUUUAGAUUAAGCAUUUGAUAACGAAAUUAGCUUGAAGAAGUCUGAAGUAAUUUCUUUGUAGUUGGACAGUGUAUACAUAUAUUGAUUAACUAUAGUGACCAGUGUGUGUACAUUGCUUGAAAACUAGUUAGAAUUUGGUUUGUGAGUGCAUAAUGGUGUACCAUCUGAGCAUCUG